AUGCAGUUCCCAAAGGCCAAACGCUUCACCGACAAGCCACCCGACUCGAUCCCGCCACCAGGCGCCUACGACGUCCCCGUACACUCGCCACAGCCGACCUACAAACGCGCAGCCAUGACGGACCGCGCAUCCCGCUUCCCCGACCCGCUCUCCGACCACAACAAGCCCGACACCUUUGGCCUGUACGCCGACGACCCGCUCGCCACCGACAAGGAGAACGCCAGACCUCGCGUCCGCACCACCUCGUCCUCGCUCAACCCCGCCGACCGAGAGCGCCACAAGGCUCAGCUCGAAGACCUGCGCGCCCGCAUGACGGCCGCCCACGACAAGGAGACGGCCAAGCUGCGCGCAAAGCUCGACAAGCUCGACGAGGCGCGUCAAGAGCACCGCAAGGAGCGAGAAGAGCUGUACAAGGAGGCCGACCGGCUCAAGAGCGAGAACCGCCACCUCACGUCCAAGCUGUCGCGCUCGACGGCGCUGCAAGAAAAGUACGAGGCGACGCUGCCGUCGCUCCAGGCCAAGCUGUCGACCCUGACGACGCAGCACGCCGCGUCGUCGGCCAAGAAGGACGCCGACCUGUCGCAGCUGCGCAUCACCCUCUCGCGCGCCGAGGCCGACACGGACGAGGCGCGGGCCCAGGCGCGCGCGUGGGAGGACCGCGCAAGGUUGGAGCAGCGCGCGCGCGACGACCAGGCGCUCGCGGCGGGUGAGCUCGCCGCCCGGCUCCGAGACGACGCGCGCAUCGCUCGCGCCGACGACCUGUACGCCGAGCGGCGCCGGUGCGCGGCCCUCGAGCGCCGCAUCGCCGACCGCGACGCCAUCCUGGCGAGCGUCGCCGCGCACGCUCACGCGCUCGAGGAGCAGCUCGCGCUCGCGACUGCCGAGCGGCUCGAGGCCGAGUGGCGCGAGUGGCGCCUGCGCGACGCGUGGCGCGAGGACCGCGCGCUGCUCGUCGGGCCCGGGCGCGACGAGAAGGAGUGGCGCCAGCGUGCGAGGGCCGACGGGCGCGAGAUGGAUGGCCUGAGGGACGACGUCGCGCUCGGGGAGCGUGAGAGGGCCGACGAGCGCGAGUGGGACGCGGUCCGGGCCGAGUGGGAGCGCAGGCGGGACAAGGCGGCGAGGGAGGACAAGAAGCGGCUCGAGCGCGACUUGGAGGUCGUCGAGGGCGAGCUCGACCUCGCCGUCAACGACGAGAUUCCCCGCCUCGAGGCGCUCCUCGCCGCGUCCGAGGCGUCCCUCUCGACGGCACGGUCCGACCUGUCGAACGCGACGGCGCAGCUCGCUCAGCUCGAAGCCGACCUCGUCGACCUCGAGACGCGGCGGCAGGACGACGCCGAGCGGUUCGAGGGCGAGCUCGAGGAGCAGCGCCGGUUGGUCGCCGACGCGAGGAGGGAGGCCGAGCGCGAGCGGGUCGAGAAGCGCAGGGUCGUCGGCAUCUUGGCGCAGACGCGUGCGAGCGAGGGUGCGCUCAAGGACGAGGUCGACAGCCUCGUGCAGCAGGUUGCGCAGCUCGACCCGCUCGUCGCCAUCACGGCCGACCUCGAGCACAAGGUGGACCACCUCGAGCGCCUGUGCGCCCUGAGCGAGGCCGAGGCGCGCGACCUCGUCGCCCACAACUCGGAGCUCGCCGGGCACGCCAACUCGGGCCAGAAGAUUCGCCACGUCGCCAUGAUCCGCGAGGAGCUCGCCGACACUCGACGGAAACACGCCGCAACGCAGUCGCAGCUCUCGACGGCGACGACGCGCAUCAAGGCCCUCGAGCUGGAGCUCGACCUGUACCGCCCUGUCGGCGUCACUGCGACGCCGAGCUCGGUCGGGACCAUGUCGGCGGCGCCAGGAGGGCGCACGAGGGUCGCGCGCCCGAUGAUGGCCGACGUCCUCGACGCCUCGGCUGCGGCACCCGUCGUUCGCGCUGCACCUCGGCCUCGCGCAUCUGCGCCCGCCGCCGCCUCGGACGCGACGCCGACCCCGGCACCCGUCGCCGCCGCCGCCUCGGCACCACCGCCCCGACUCGUCGUCGUGCCCGCCCGCGACUCGCUCGCCGCCCCGCCGUUCACGACGACCUCGUCCUCGUCGUCGACACCGACGGUCCAGUUUGCGCGCUCGACGUCGGCGCUGCCGGCGCACCCGCACGAGCCGGCGAGCGCAUGGUCGGUCGCGCCGGACGAGCCGCUCCUGCCCGCCGGGCUCGCGCGCUCGGCCGGGCCCGGUCCAGCGUCCAAGGCGGGCGCAGCUGUUCCCGUGCGGUCGGCAAUGGCGGGCGGGCGAACGAGGAGGAAGAGCACGAGCGUCAAGAUGCAGGGGACGAUGAGCGUGUCGGAGCUGUUCUGA